UUAUAAAGUAAUGUUAGGAACUUCUGCCAACAUUCCAGCUGAUUGCUGAUUUCCAUAGAAAUUUUGUCACAAAAUCUGCACAAUUGUCAAAGCUUCAAGUGAUGUGGUGGAGACAAGAAAAUGUUUCUUUACUUUGAGUAAAAUUUACAACAUGAAGUUAGAGGGUUUUUGGGUAUGGCAAGAGGAUUGCUGCCAGAAGAGGGGGCACUUACGAAUUGGACUAGGUGUGGGCACUACCAACAUACUUCCAACUAGCAAGACACAAUUUUUUUUAAAUCAGUGACCAAGUUCAGUUUCUGCAGACUGUUACGUGGUACACAGCACACAGUUAUCAUAUAAGACACAUAUGCUAGAGUUUGCUGGCAUGUACAAAUUUUUCAUUUUGCACUGGUAGAUGCCACCAUAAGCCUGUGUCAGAUUCCUCCAUGAGGAGUGCCUUUUUCAUAAUUAUACUUUUGUGGCUUCCUGCAUUUCCACGUUACUUGAUGUAAAGUGGUCCCAGAUAAGUUCCAUUCUGUAUGUCAGUAUUGGAGUACAGGUGUUACAUUUACCUUGAGCAGAGUCGUGGCUGUUUCAAGUGACAGUUGCUUGUGAUUGAUGACACUCAUGGUUCUAAUGGUAAUACUGCUCUUGUUCACAUGGAUAUUGAAAACUGUUUCCAGUGUCUGAAGAUAAACACGAGUUCACUGUGUGGAGUUCUACAUUUUAACAUGCCACAUGAUCAUUUUUUAUGAUCCUGGCUUUCUUCUAAUGGGGUUCUCCAGAAGACUUCAUAAUUGUGUCUUAGGAACUUUCGCGUGUUGGAAUGGCAGCAGGAACUACGUUACAGAAAGCAAUUGAUCUUGUAACGAAGGCAACAGAGGAAGAUACAAAGAAGAAUUAUGAAGAGGCAUUAAGACUGUAUGAACAUGGUGUAGAAUACUUUCUGCAUGCAAUGAAAUAUGAAGCUCAAGGGGAGAGAGCAAAGGAGAGCAUCAGGACCAAGUGUAAUCAGUAUUUGGAUAGAGCAGAGAAAUUGAAGGCAUACAUAACAAAGGGUAAAGGGAAGAAACCACUGAAGGCUGGAGAAAGUGAUUCAAAGAAUAAUGACAAAAAGAGUGACAGUGACAGUGACUCUGAUGAUCCAGAGAAGAAAAAGUUACAGACUAAGCUGGAAGGAGCCAUUGUUGUAGAAAAACCCUGCGUGAAGUGGGCGGAUGUGGCAGGGCUAGAAGGAGCAAAGGAAGCUUUGAAGGAGGCUGUCAUUUUACCCAUAAAGUUUCCACACCUCUUCACCGGAAAACGAAUACCUUGGAAAGGGAUAUUACUUUUCGGGCCCCCAGGAACAGGAAAGUCAUUCUUGGCAAAGGCUGUUGCAACAGAGGCAAACAAUUCCACAUUUUUCUCAGUAUCAUCAUCAGACCUGGUAUCCAAGUGGCUUGGAGAAUCUGAGAAACUUGUGAGAAACCUCUUUGAAUUGGCGAGACAGCACAAACCUAGUAUAAUCUUCAUUGAUGAAGUGGAUUCACUUUGUUCUUCGCGCUCUGACAAUGAGUCUGAAUCAGCUAGGAGAAUAAAAACUGAGUUUCUGGUUCAGAUGCAAGGUGUUGGCAAUGACAAUGAUGGAAUACUAGUUUUAGGAGCCACUAAUAUCCCUUGGGUAUUAGAUGCAGCUAUUCGAAGAAGGUUUGAAAAGAGAAUUUAUAUACCGCUUCCUGAAGAGCAAGCCAGACUGGAGAUGUUCAAGUUACAUUUGGGCAAUACUUCACACACACUCACAGAAGAUGAUCUCAAAAAACUGGCCAAAAACACAGAAGGGUAUUCUGGUGCUGAUAUCAGUAUUGUUGUACGAGAUGCGUUGAUGCAGCCUGUAAGAAAAGUUCAAACAGCUACUCACUUUCGGUGUGUCAGGGGACCAUCCCAUGCAGAUCCGAGUGUCACUGUGAAUGACCUCCUUACACCAUGCUCACCAGGAUGCCCUGGGGCUAUUGAAAUGACAUGGGUAAAUGUGGAAGGUGAUAAGCUGUUUGAGCCACCAGUCACAAUGAGUGACAUGAUGCGGUCGCUUGUCACAUCAAAACCUACAGUCAAUGAUGAAGACAUGGCAAAACUAGACAAAUUUACAAAAGAUUUUGGUCAAGAGGGAUGACUUCGAUACAAGUACCAUUUUCUCUUGUAUGACACCCUAACUUUGAAUAACACUCAGUUCCUUUCUGCAAACUUUCACAUUGCUUCCAAGACAGUGGGGCUGAUCCAUGUGGCAUGUGUUUAAUUAGUGGAUAAUAUGUGUAUGCUGUUUUCUUCACAUUAUUGAAUUAGAAUGUGUGAAACAUUAUGAUCAAUUGCAAAAGAAUGGAAACAUGUAAAUAAUAUUAAUUGUUGACCACUUUCUUGUAAUUUACCUAAAUUUGUAUUCCAUUAUGUUUCAUUAAUGCUGGGAAAUUACAACAAUUUCAUACAUAAGGUAUACAUAUUACAUAAUACUUGGUAAUGUAAAGACAGUGUUAGAAGAUUGAGGUAGUAAAAUUUCAAUAUAUUAUAUACAUAUGAAGAUUCUAUUAAAAUUUUUAUUGUGACAACUUCUUGUUUGAGUGCUGUUUUAUAUAUAGUACCGUGCCACAGAUUAUUGUUUGACUACAGAUUACAGCUUAAAUGGUAUGGUAAACAAACAUUAUACAGGGCAAGUCUAAAU